AUGGCGAGGAGAGAGGAUCAACGAAGUAUGAUAGGUUCUACACUGCUUAAUAGCUGCGUUUCUAACGACAAACAGGGCCAGGUCAACGUGACAACCGAGGAUAUCGUGCCAAUGAUGACCGUCGGCGCCGGCAGGACUUGGGUCAGGGUCGCGGUCAUAUUAGAGGAGGGCCUGACCUCUGGACCCCCACGUACGAUCGACGGCACAAUCGACAGCGAUCCAAUUCCCCGGACCGUAGGCAACGUGACCAUACUCGGUCUGUAUCUCCGAUACCACGCGGUCGGAGUUUUAGGCGCGAACAAGAUCAGCGGCGCCCGAGUCCGGAGUAUCGAGGUCGUCGAGACCCUACCCCGAUCGCAAAUCAGAGGAGACAGACUGAUCAGCGGAACUCUCCGGAUGCCGCGCAGUCUGAUCUCUCCGUCGAGCUCGAUACUGCAUACACACGUGGUACCCAUCGAUACGAGCGGGAUUCACGCGAGCGCGCAUCAACUUACCCGCUGA